UGAUAAAGAGAAGGCAGCAACUCACAAAAUUCGAAUUAGUCUUCACAGGACAAAGGAGGAGCAUAAUCCUCAGUGUCACGCAGGUUCAAAUUCCUAGGGUCCGUCUCUCUCGGGCAGAAUCAGAAGGGGCUAGAAGGCCAACCUGAGGGGGCAGCGCGACGUUACGCUGCGCAGGCGUGGCCCUGCCCGACAGGAUUUGGCGGGAUUUCCGAAAGUCGCUGUUCGCGGCGCGCGGCGACGGAGGCCCGUGCCCGAGUCCAGCUGCGCCUCACUCGCUCGUGUCGGCGCUGAAACUCGCCCUGGGUGAGGGCAGAAAACCGUGCGAGGGGGUCGAGAAGCCGCCGGCGUCGGGCGGGCAAGCCAGCGGGCCGCGGAGCGGCGCGGCGAUCCAGUAAUGGCCAUGCAGAUGCAGCUUGAAGCAAGUGCAGACACUUCAGUGGAAGAAGAAAGCUUUGGCCCACAGCCUAUUUCACGGUUGGAGCAAUGUGGCAUAAAUGCCAAUGAUGUGAAGAAAUUAGAAGAAGCUGGAUUCCACACUGUGGAGGCUGUUGCCUACGCACCAAAGAAGGAGUUAAUAAAUAUAAAGGGAAUUAGUGAAGCCAAAGCUGAUAAAAUUCUGACUGAGGCAGCUAAAUUAGUUCCAAUGGGUUUUACCACUGCAACCGAAUUCCACCAAAGGCGAUCAGAGAUCAUACAGAUUACCACUGGGUCCAAAGAGCUUGACAAACUCCUUCAAGGUGGAAUUGAGACUGGAUCUAUCACAGAGAUGUUUGGAGAAUUCCGAACUGGGAAGACCCAAAUCUGUCACACACUGGCUGUUACAUGCCAGCUUCCUAUUGACCGAGGUGGAGGUGAAGGAAAGGCCAUGUACAUUGAUACUGAGGGCACUUUUCGGCCAGAAAGGCUCCUAGCAGUGGCUGAGAGGUAUGGUCUCUCUGGCAGUGAUGUUUUGGACAAUGUUGCAUAUGCUCGUGGGUUCAACACAGACCACCAGACCCAGCUGCUUUAUCAAGCUUCUGCCAUGAUGGUCGAGUCCAGGUAUGCACUGCUUAUUGUAGACAGUGCCACUGCCCUCUACAGAACAGACUACUCAGGCCGAGGCGAGCUCUCAGCUAGGCAGAUGCACUUGGCCAGGUUUCUUCGGAUGCUUCUGCGACUUGCUGAUGAGUUCGGUGUAGCUGUGGUAAUCACCAACCAGGUGGUAGCCCAAGUGGAUGGGGCAGCCAUGUUUGCUGCAGAUCCUAAAAAACCUAUUGGAGGAAACAUCAUUGCUCAUGCAUCAACAACCAGGCUGUACCUGAGGAAGGGAAGGGGGGAAACCAGAAUCUGCAAGAUCUAUGACUCUCCCUGUCUUCCUGAAGCUGAAGCUAUGUUUGCCAUCAAUGCGGAUGGAGUGGGAGAUGCCAAAGACUGAAUCACUGUUUUUUUCCCUGUGGUAAACUUUAAGUGCUGCAGCCUAAUGGUGAGGACUGCUCCCUGGAGCUCCUCACAGGCCUCUUCCUGUUAUGACUGUAGUACAGGGCUUCUGGGACAACAGCUAUUGUAUCAGCUUUUCUGAUGGUGUAAACAGGAGACAGGUCAGUACUCACAAACUGAUCUGUUUGUUCCUUCUGGAGUGUGAUAAUCUCUGGGAUUUCUUUGGUGUUUGGACAAGUAUGAAAUGCCUUUGACAGUGCCUUGGGCCUAACUGGCUCAGGCCUGCUAGCUGUCUGUUGGAGUCUUGGGUCUCCAGGAGAACUAAAGCUGGGGAGAUCUGACUUUUCUUCACUUCUAACGAUAAACUAAAAUGCCUGAGAUCUGUGGCCAAGGGAAUAGGAAAUAGGUCUCUUCACAGAUACUUUUUCUCUACCUGUAAAACUACCCCUUACCAUGAGAAGCAAGUUCUAAAGUUGUAUGCCUGAACUCUCAGGUGAAAACUUGUUUAUAGUUAAGCAGUCUUGCACAAGGCCUAAAGGGCCAUCAUCCCUUCAUCAUCUGCUUGCUUGGACUUUUUCUUAAUGUAAAACUGAAUGUAAUUCUGGAAUCUGAAGCAUUUCAGAGGCUAAGUAAGCAGAUUUGAUGUGAGGCUGCAAAUGUAGUUAUUUGUACCAAUGUACUUUUUGUAGGAGUUAUUCUAGUACAAGCUGAAUACUUCAAGAUAGGGUUACCUUAGUAUCGUUUUAUCAUUGGGUAGUGGUGAUCAGUUUUCUGUUGCUUUGAGAUGUAAGAACUCGUCAGGUGUUUGGUAAUUUCAGGCUGAGGCAGGACAAUUGCUGGAAGUUUGAGGCCAGUGUGAGCUACACAGUGAGUUCAAGCCAGCCUAAACUACAUAGCAGUACCCUGUCUCCCCUAACCCCUCCCCAAAAAAGAUUUGAAAGCUGAAAAAGAGGACGUACCUUCAGAUGAUUGAGCUUGUAUCCUUUUUGUAACAGAAAGUAUUAUCUGACUGCUUAUCAUAGAUUUCCUGUGGCCUUUGAUAUUUUAACAUAGGAUCUCUGUGUUGCCUAGGCUGAUCUUGAACUCCUAGAUUCAAGGUAUCCUCCUGCCUUAGCUUCCAGAUUGUUGGGAUUAUAGGCACGUGCCACUGCCCCCAGCUAUGGCCUUCGAUUCUAUCCUGUCUUAUGUUGAAGUGUGGCACUUUUCCGUAUCAUCCUACUUCAGAAGUUUGAAAUACUUUUCUUCUUCCCUUUCAUACUUCGCUACUUGAGAUGAAUUUUAAACAGCUUUUUAAUUUCAGAGGCCCUCUCAGCUAGUAUAGGGAAGAGAAGCACUGAAGGUCUGCUGUAUAUGUUGAUCCCCCGUCUGUGAGGAAAUAAGACGACACAAAUCAAUUUACUGCAGCUUUGUUGUAAAAGCAGCUCCGUUCCCUGGCUUCAGGGGAACUGGCUAGGUAUGGUGGUGCACACCUUAGUCCCAGCCACUCUCAGAGGCUGAGGCAUCUUCACUAGUAGGGAUUUCUAAUCUAGAUCUUACCCAAAGUGUUCAGCAACCAUCCAGAAACUUUACCUAGGUUUUGGGCAACAAAAAUUAUUUUACUCUAAAAACUGAAUGUAUCUCAGGUAUUUUUGUUUGCAUAAACUUGGGUUGCUAUAAUAAAGCCACAUGACAUUCUGGA